UGGCAUCUAUAUAACCGGAGGGCCCACUCUGUUGCAAUCACAACAACUUCUCUGCCCUCGCGCGCUCUCCUCCUCUCGGCUCUCGGCGAUCUCGUCGUUCUGCGAAGGUCGGAACUGCUCUCCGACGAACACGAACGGGCACAGCUGCGAGGGUCCUUCCCUUCGAUUUUUAUUGCGGCGUGUGGAGUACGACCGCUUCAUCCCGUUCCGGUCGGCGAUGGACAUGGACUACGCACGCUUUGCCCUAACCGGGCCUUCGAGACCGCAGCGUGAUGGUUCGAGGGAAUCCCCAUCGAGCGUGGCGUACCAAAAGCUUCUUGAUGACUGCAUUUUGAAGAACAGUUCUCGUAUCCUCGCUUUCAAGACUGCACCUGAAGCGCCGGCCAGCAAGCUGCCCCAGUUUGACGAGCCCAUUCGGCCGCAGAAGAAGCAACAGAGGCGAAUCCCGAAAGAACCAGAGAGGGUUUUGGUAAUCCACGGCUUGUUGGAUGAUAAUGUUUUGAAUCUCCUCGACUGGGGAAGCAAUAAUGUGUUGGCGAUUGGCCUUGAGGACGCAGUGUAUCUCUGGGACGCUGCAAACGAGUCGACUAAGGUUCUACAACCCGUAGAAGACAGAGGACCUAUCACUUGCGUCCGAUGGUCGCCAGACUGUGCAGUUCUUGCUGUCGCAUUUGGCAAUUCAGAUUUAGCCCUGAUUGAUCCAGCAACAGGACAUUUCGUGGAUGGGAUGGAAGAUGAGAACCAGGCCCCUGUGUUGUCACUUGCGUGGAGAAGUAAUUCAAUCUUGACGGUCGGAAGAUUUGAUGGCACUAUUGUUGAUUAUGACUUUAGAAAGGAUGACAUGUUCAUCUGUUUCUACAAUGGGCAUCGGCGUGGAGUUUGUAGUCUUAAAUGGUCCGUGUUGUCAGGGCGAUAUUUGGCGAGUGGAGGGCAGGACAAACUAGUGCACAUAUGGGAUGCCUGCAUGCCUGUCUCACGUCACCAUCCACGUCAACGUCAAUGGCUUCACAGGAUCAGCAGCCACACUUCCGUUGUGAAGGCCGUUGACCGGUGCCCAACUCGGAGCAACUUGUUGGCUUCUGGUGGAGGUUGCAAUGAUCACUGCGUUAAGUUUUGGAACACUAUUAAUGGUGCUUGCUUGAACUCGAUUGAUGCUGGCUCUGAAGUUUGUGCAUUGCUACGGGACAAAAACAAAUCUGAAUUACUGACCUCCCAUGGUCCGCCGAACAAUCAACUCACCUUGUGGAAUUACCCAUCCAUGACGAGAGUGGCUGAGGUUUUCGAUCAUUCAUCCCGGGUUCUUUCCUUGGCUGGGAGCCCACUGGGAGGUGUAGUAGCUUCUGCAGCAGCAGAUGAGACAGUCAGGUUUUGGAAUAUCUUUGAGACUCCCAAAAUAAUAAAACCUGAACUGCCCUUUGCCCAAUUUAAUGUCAUAAGAUGAAAAGGCAGAUUGGUGGAAAUGAUUAAGAUUCCAAAUGGAAGACUUCUCUAGUGCUUGGCAUGAAGAUCUGUUGUUGGUAGCAUUGCGAUGGGAAGUUUCGUGGUGUCAAAGAGGCAGCACAUUUUCAUACAAGCGUAUAGAUUUGAGAUCUUCAAAUACGAGCGCUACUGUCUAAGGUAAGUUAGAAGCCUUACAGCCUUUUACAGCAUUUUAGUAGGCUUAUUUACAACAUGACUGUCAUUGCAGCUACGAGGCUGAUUUUUGUUUCCUAUUUAUUGUUUAUCAUUUCAUAGUUAUCGAUAUGAUUAUUGCCCAAUUGAUGAAACAUGUGGUCUAUGAUUAUUGCCCAAUUGUUAUAAUCUAAUUAUGUGG